AUGUCACUGAAAAGCUCAGAAGAAACAGUCGAUGGGGCGCUUUUGAUGAUCGACGAACAUUCGGAAAUAGAAAGGAACGAUACGUUGAAGAAUGAUUCGGAUAACAAUCAUACGGAAAGAACAGAUAACUUGACAUAUUGGAAUGACCAAUCAAUCCAGGCAUUCAAUAAACUUCAAAUUACUUGUCACGGGCGCACAAGUGAUUCACGACGUAGCAAACUUCUUUCCUUAUGGAGGUAUCUCACGCUUCGAGGUUUAUUUCGACUUUUAGGUGAAAAUGUUGGCUCCUACCCGAUAGUAUACAUUCUUUUAUCAUUAUUGAUCUCAACAAGUUCAUUUGGUAUGUUUAAAAUUGUUUUACGUGAUCGAAUACGAGAUGGUUAUACGCCAACAAAUGCACCAUCCAGAUAUGAAAUGGAUGUGUUACGGGAAUUUUGGAAUUCUACCGGCGAUCCGAUGGUUACGGUAGUAUUAUUAACAGCAAAAGAUAAUGGAUCGAUGUUACGUGAUGAUUAUUUGAACGAAGUUGAACGUUUGACCGUUUAUUUGAUGAAAAAUCAUAGUGUAAUAUAUGAUAAUGAGCCAGUUAUAUACGAAAAUUUUUGUUCACCUUACUGUAAGAUGAAUAUCGCUUUAAAACUUUUUAAGCAAGGUGUUGAUGUGGAACGACUUCAUUUACAACACGGUGAACCACUUUCCCAUGAUACAUCUCUAACAUAUCCGAUAGCGAAAAUUGAUGGCUUUAAUAUUCAUUUGGAGAGGAAUUUUUUUGGGAUUACUAUAAAAGAAGCGCCCAAAAAGGAUAUGUUUGUUGGCCAAAAUGUUACGGUCGAUAAAUUACCACCAAAUACAUCCUAUGCGCAAUUAGUUUCAAACUUGCAGUUUGUUAAAGUAGUUUUGGCUCUUUAUCGUGCUGAUCGAUCAUCCCUCGAAAUGGAACGAAAGCUAUCAUUAUGGGAGCUUUCUGUUUUCGAAUUUGCUCGAGAACACUACAAAAACCAUUUAAUUGACAUGGAGGUAAUUGGCACAGAGAUUCUUAAUCAAGAAAUGAUCAAAGAUGGUCAAAAACUUGCACCUUUCUUUGCUGCAGGUUUUGGUUUUAUGAUAUUUUUUGUAACUGUUACGGUUUUUGCUAGCGCAAUUUUUUAUAAUGCGAUGGAUUGGGGGAAAGUUUUGGUGGCAUUUGGUUCCAUUCUAUGUCCAAUACUUUCAAUUACAUCAACAUACGGUAUCGUAUCACUUUUUGGUAUUAGAAUAAAUUCGCUUAUGCUUGUUAUGCCAUUCCUUAUUAUGGGCAUUGGUGUUGAUGAUGCAUUCCUAAUGAUUCAUCCAUGGCAACGUUUAGCCUUACAAACGAAUAGUGUUAGUGUUCGACUUGGUUUAGUAUUCGAAGAAGUAGGGCCUUCUAUUACAAUUACUUCCUUAACUAAUUUCAUUUCAUUCAGUAUUGGUGCUCUAACUCCUACGCCAGAAAUACGAUUAUUUUGUGUGUCAACAGCUAUUGCAAUGGGAUUGGAUUAUUUAUAUGAAUUAAUUCUCUUUGGACCUGUACUGGCAUUAGCUUCACAUUGCGAAAAAUGUAAUAAUAAAUAUACUGUAUCAUCAUGUUCACAGAAAUCCUUAUUGUAUGGAUGGCGUUUACAGAUUGAUACCUUUAUGAAAUGGGUUCUAAGAAUGUAUUGCCGUAUUCUGGAACAUCGAUGUUUCACGAUAUUUUUAUUUAUUGCAGUGCUUAUUUACUGGUACUUUGCUAUCAUUGGAGCAAUGACUAUAAAAACUAGGCUUGAUACGGUGAAAAUUUUACCUCGAGAUUCACCGAUACAAAGGCCGAAUCGGAUACUUAAUGAUAUCAUUUGGGAUGAAUAUCAUCCGGUAACGGUGCUUGUAAAUAAUCCAUUGGAUAUAAGAAAACAACAACCAAUGCAACGAUUUUGGCAGCUUGUCAAUGAUUUUGAAAGUUUACCAUUAUGUAGAGGAAAUACCUCAACGUUAUUGUGGCUUCGCGACUAUGAACAUUAUUAUAAGCAUGGAGAUCUCAUGUUAUCGAUAUGGUCAUUUCUUGAUUUGGAAGAUACUAAAUCAAUCAAUAAAGCUUCGCAUUCUGAAACGGGUCUUGACUUCGACAAACUGGAAAGCUUUCUUGAAUCACCAUUUUAUGUACACUGGAACACGUGUAUGAUCGUUGCUAAUACAAAGGAUGGAGUUCGAGUAAAACGUUUUUGGUUCGUUGUCGCGUAUAGGAAUACGUCAACAUGGGAAGUACGAAUUGAGUUGAUGGAGAAAUGGCGUGAAAUUGCUGACAACUACAAAGAUUUGAACGUGACAGUUUGGGAGGCUAAUGGAAUGUUUGUGGACCAAAUGCUUAGUUUGAAAACAGUUGCGAUACAGACCGGUGCAUUAACAUUAAUCUGUAUGACGGUUGUUUGUGCGUUAUUCAUCCCGAAUCCAUGUAGUAUCAUAACGGCUUCUAUCGCAAUUGCAUCCAUAAGUCUCGGUGUAUUUGGAUUUUUGUCUUGGUGGCAUUUUGACCUGGACCCAGUAACUAUGGUCGCAGUAUUAAUGUCUAUUGGUUUAUCAGUUGAUUUCACCGCUCAUGUCUCUUAUCACUAUCAGCUAGCGAAUCGACGCGAAAUUCGAAAUGAAAAAAUUGUAAAAAUACCAAUUAAAGGACCACAUGAAAAGCUCAAACAUACUUUGGAAAGUGUUGGUUGGCCAAUGAUACAAGCUGGUGCAUCAACGGUUAUGUGUGUUUUGCCACUUGUUUUUUUCGAGAGUUAUUCACCAAUGGUUUUUUUCAAAACGAUCAUCCUGGUAGUAUCGUGGAGCUUAUUGCAUGGACUCAUUCUGUUACCGGCACUUUUAGGUGCCCUACCGGAUUGUCUAGCAAAUGCUAACUGUUACCGGACAUUUUUAUCCACAAGUAGUCAAAAAUCAUGUCGUUAUGUUGGGCCACAUGAAAUGGAUCCAAUUGAUGGACAGGAAAUGGAAUCCGCCGAUUAG